AUUAACCCGGCGAACCCGGACAGCAUCCUCAGACUAAACCGGGUCGAGCUGGUAACUUUAGUUUUUAAAAUAGAGCAGAUAAGAAAAAGAAAAAAAAGAGCAAACUUACUUAAGACGUAGGGAGCUGUCAGAAGUAGUUCGUGAGAGGCAUCUGAAGGCGUUUACUCCGUCUCACUUUUUAAGCUACACCAGGCGAAGCUGUGUUUAUUUAUUUAUUACUUUUUAUUGCAAAUUUUAAUUAAAAUUUGAAUUUUAAGGAAAACCGAGACAAGGCGAAGGUCCAACGAAGAGUCAACGUACGUCGAGACGUCAUCGAGCAUUUGACAAGUCGUGAUGGAGGGUGGAAAGCAACUGACCUUGCCGCUGAUGCUGGCUGUCGGGACGGCCGUGAUCGGCUCGCUUCAGUUCGGCUACAACACGGGUGUCAUCAAUGCCCCGCAAAAGAUCAUUGAGGCCUUCUACAAUGAGACGUGGAUUGAUCGACAUAAAGAGAACAUCCCUAAAACAACCAUUACUACCUUGUGGUCUCUGUCUGUGGCCAUCUUCUCUGUGGGCGGCAUUAUUGGAUCCUUCUCUGUUGGGCUGUUUGUCAACCGCUUUGGAAGGAAGAACUCCAUGCUCAUGGCUAAUGUCUUGGCUUUUAUCGCUGCUGCACUGAUGGGCUUCUCUAAGAUGGCAGCGUCCUGGGAGAUGCUCAUUAUUGGACGGUUCGUUGUGGGACUUUACUCUGGUCUGUCCACUGGUUUUGUCCCCAUGUAUGUGGGUGAAGUGGCCCCUACAGCACUCAGAGGAGCCCUGGGCACCCUUCAUCAGCUGGGCAUCGUUAUUGGCAUCCUCAUGGCUCAGAUCUUCGGUAUGGAUGCUAUCAUGGGUAAUGCCACCAUGUGGCCGUUCCUCCUUGGCUUCACCUUCAUCCCAGCCCUGGUGCAGUGCUGUUUACUGCCCCUCUGCCCCGAGAGCCCUCGAUUUCUCCUUAUCAACCGCAACGAGGAAAACAAAGCCAAAACAGUGCUUAAAAAGCUGCGCGGCACGACAGAUGUGAGCGCAGACAUGCAGGAGAUGAAGGAGGAGAGCAGACAGAUGAUGAGGGAGAAGAAAGUGACCAUUCCUGAACUGUUCCGCUCCCCGCUCUACCGACAGCCCAUCGUUAUAGCCAUCAUGCUGCAGCUGUCCCAGCAGCUGUCUGGAAUCAAUGCUGUAUUCUACUACUCUACAAAGAUCUUCGAGAAGGCAGGUGUGCAGCAGCCAGUUUACGCCACUAUUGGAGCAGGAGUUGUCAACACAGCUUUCACUGUCGUGUCGCUGUUUGUGGUUGAGCGAGCGGGCCGCAGGUCUCUGCACCUCUUGGGACUGCUGGGAAUGGCUGGAUCUGCUGUACUGAUGACCAUCGCUCUUGCCUUGCUGGAAAAGUAUGACUGGAUGUCCUACAUGAGCAUCGUAGCAAUCUUUGCAUUCGUGGCUUUCUUCGAAAUCGGACCGGGCCCCAUCCCAUGGUUCAUCGUGGCAGAACUGUUCAGUCAAGGCCCAAGACCCUCAGCUUUUGCUGUAGCAGGAUUCUCAAACUGGACAGCCAACUUCAUCGUGGGCAUGUGCUUCCAAUAUGUCGAGGAGCUCUGUGGGGCGUACGUGUUCAUCAUCUUCACUGUGUUUUUACUCUGCUUCUUCAUCUUCACCUACUUCAAAGUCCCAGAGACCAAGGGCCGGACGUUCGACGAGAUCUCCGCCGGUUUCCGUCAGGCAGCAUCAGGUGCUGAGAAGCACUCGCCCGAGGAGCUCAACAGCCUGGGGGCGGACUCUCAACUUUAAGCCCCUCCUCUAAUCCCGCCUCCCUCAUCUGGUCUCUCUUCUGCACGCAACUACUGAGGAGGAAGGGGUCGGCAGGCUGUCAAUCAAACAUUUCCCCCCUUCCCACAGCUGCACUCACCUCUUAGUUCCCUUGCGAUGUCCCCAUUGGCAUCACACGGCCAGCCGAACGGCAGACAAGUGUGCAAAACAUGGGGAUUGAAAGGCAGGGAAUAAGAGUAGUUAUCAUAUUCCUUUUAUCAGAAAGAUGAAAGUUUUAAGACAUAUUUGAGGUGUCGUAUUUUGCGUCGCAAUCGCUUUGGCUAGCUUUACUAGGUUUAAUGUUGUUAUCAUCUUAACUGUUACUUCUGCUGUGCUAUGAGAGAGUAAAAAAAUCGACGGAGGUCACCGGGUCGCCCCUGACCGAUCCGCUAUGAUGUUAACGUCAGAAAUCCAUACUGUAUUCCAGAUAACUGUAUCUCCAUCUUGAAAUGCUUGUGGCUUUGAUAAACUGAAGUUAGCAUCAUUAGUUUGCCCAAACAACAUAACAUGCACAUAAACAAAAAUAAUUUAAAUAAUAGGAUUUUGGAUUGAUUUUUUUUAGGAUUGAAUUUAAGAAUUUUUUUAAAAUUAAAAAUACCAAAAAAACAGUAAUAUUAUGAAAUAUUAUUGCAGUUUUAAAAAGUAGUUUUCUAUUUUAAAAUACUUUAAAAUAGAAUUUUUUCCUGUGAUGCAAAGCUGCUUUUUCAGCAUCAUUACUCCAGUUUUCUGUGUCAAAUGAUCCUUCAGAAAUCAUUAUAAUAUGCUGAUUUAUUAUCAAUGUAUGCUUAAUAUUUUGUAUGGAACCGGUGAUAAUUUUUUUUAGGAUUCUUUGAUGAAUAAAACAUUAAAAAGAACAGCUAUUAUUUAAAAUAGAAAUCUUUUGUAACAAUACACACUACCAUUCAAAAUUUGAGGGCAGUAAUUUUUUUCUUUUUUUGAAAGAAAUUAAUACUUUUAUUCAACAAGAAUGUUCUAAAUUGAUAAAAAGUAAUAGUUUUUUUUAUUGUUAGAAAAGAUUUCUAUUUUGAGUAAAAGCUAUUAUUUUUAACGAUUUAUCAAGGAAAUCUAAAAAAGUAUCCAACAUUGAUAAAUCAGGAUAUUAGAAUGAUUUCUAAUGGGUCUUGUGACACUAAAGACUGCAGUAAUGGCUGGUAAAAAUGCACAAAAAUAAGUUGUUUUAAAGUAUAUUGAAACAGAAAACUGAUAUUUUAAAUUGCAAUAAUGUUUCAUAAUAUUACUGUUUUUUCUGUAUUUUUUUUCUGUAUUUUAAGCAUAAAUAAUUAAUUAAAUUAAAAUAAUAAAUAUAUAUAUUUUAAUCCUUAAAAUAAACAUGCAUUUUAAUUAAAAGUGAGUUAAAUAUGCCCCCAAAAUAUGUAAUUUAUGAUGUCAUUAAAACAGUAUGACGUCAUACAUAAAUGUACAUUUUUUGGCUCCAACUCUUCUGCAUAGCAAGCUUUUUUUUGUUAUUUUUAAACUUUACAGUGUAUUUUAGCCCUGUAUUCAUAUCAGUACGUCUCCUGUUCUUGCUUUUCAAGAUGCGUCACGUCUUUUAUAUGUAUUUAUAUUUUUGUAACAAAUUCACUUGCUUGAAAUGAAAUGCAGAUAGUUCCAAUCGCUCUAUGAGAAGACAAACAGAACAUUUCUGAAGUCGUUUCAUGUUACCUGUCACCAAAUAUUACAUCAACCCAGCUGUUUUUAAAAAAGUAAGAUCGUCACUUUAUAAAGCACAAUCAGACUCUUUACUGAAAGUAUUAGCAUCAGCGCAAGUGAAUGUUGAUCAUCAAAUAGUGCAAAAUACUCCCAUAUCUGACAUUGAUCAUGUCCCACUUCAGCAAAAGUUAAGUAGUUUGAAAUGCGUUUUGCACAGUCGACUCCCUCCAUGGGGAGAAUUAUCAAGUUGGGAAACACAGAGAGCGACCAAAAUGCACUGUGACUGGUGGCGUGACGAGAGUGCACUAAACAGCCUUCCUCUUCAUCUUCAUCUGACGGAAGAGCUGCGAAACCAGACCAUUGACGAUGCUGUUAGUACAAACUAAGAGUCUGUUGAGAACAUCUGCUGUUUAACUUGCUCCGACAGACAUGUUUGGAAACGCAGUAUGCCUGGCUCCAAUGUGCCUUGUCAUUUUUAUAGACCUCUAGUUUCCUUUUUUCUUUUAUAAUCUAGUAUGUUCACCCUUACUAGUUUAUCUAUAAGAAGUAUUUGUGAUUUUACGCACAUCAGAGUUAUCAAAUGAUGUUUUUCACUUAUAUAAUCUGCUGUUAAACGUUGUUCCUGUUUUUGAACACUCCAGAAUAAAUUCUACUUUUGGUUUCAGGUUAAAAA